AUGUCCUUACCACAGACCCUUGGUGCUAUCCAUAUUGGUGCUACAUUGGGUGCUAUAUUGUUCGGUGUCACGAAUCUUCAAGCAAUUAUCUACUACAAGAAAUACCGAAAUGACCGGUGGUUUCACAAGAGCACAGUAGUGUUACUUUGGGUCUUUGAUGCUCUUCACGUCGCUUUGAGCACACAGUUGUUAUAUGUCUUUAUGACUGAGUUUGUGGAAUUCGACUCAUCGUUCCUUGAUUCUACUCUGUGGAGCUUCCAGCUACAAAUAGCUAUCAGCGUAUUUGUUUCCGUCGGUGUUCAAUUUACGGCUAUGGAAAUAUUUGCCCCAUGGUUUACUUUUAUGGCCAUGGCUGCCUCGUUUGGUGCUGGAAUCUGUAAGGCCAUGAUUGAAUUACCAAUGAUAUCGACUCGAGCAUUGACGUCUUUGAUGCAGUUUUCAUUUAUGACAUGUAGGAAAUACUUUAUUCCUGCAUCAGCGGCUCAAGUUAUUCUCUUUAGAUACAACGUAGAAUUUUGGAUGGGUGAAUUGGUCACGAAGAGAUCAACCUGCACGUUCUUCGUCACGCUUGCCCUAUCGGAUUUUGUUAUAGCUAUCUGCAUGUGUUAUUACCUAUACAAGAGCAAAGCAACUACUGGUUUUUCUAUCACAGCUAGUAUGCUUCUUGGUAUAAUGCGUCUCAUUCUUGUAUCGGGAUUAGCUACCAGCGUAUGCUCGCUACUGGUUCUUAUUACGUAUACUACUUCGCUGUCUUCUCUGUUCUACAUAGCAGUAGAUUUCAUCCUACCAAAACUCUACAUUAACUCGUUCCUUGCUAUGCUGAACCGCCAGCAAGAACAUCAAGCAAACAACUCACGCACACAGUAUGAAGGUUAUUCAAACCCUCCUGUUGUCCACAUUUCCCAAACCACAGAAAGUAGUAUCGAGGGAACAACUGUCAACAUCCCACUGGCGGAGAUACAACAAAGCCAUUCGUCCGAUGAGCUGGAUCGAACAAAGAGAACUCUUACUUGCGAAGUUUAACGAUAACGACG